AUGGUGAAACGCUUUGAUGUACGAUCGACCUACCGCAUCCCUGCUUCCCCUGGUGUAGACCUAGGACCGAAGCGAGGUGACGAGAAGGGAGGGGAGUGGACGCUGAGGGAGGCCAUCGGCAGCAUGAUGCACUGGGAUGCCAUACAGAAGAUCCUCGGCUACCUGAAAGGGACGAGGGACCUCGGCAUCACCUACCAACGGGGAUCGGGGUUAGGGCUGGCCGUGUACGUAGACGCUAGCUACGCCGACACGGAGGAUAGGCGUUCGGUGUCAGGGUUGGCGACGACGGUUGGAGGUACCGUAGUCAGCCAUGGUAGCAAGACACAGAGCAUCGUGUCUUUGUCUUCGACCAUCCAGGUCCUUGAGGACAACCAGGGGGCCAUAGCUUUGGUGCAGAACCCCCUCAACUCAGGUCGCACGAAACACAUCGACGUGAGAUUUCAUUUCAUCCGCGCAUUGUUUAGGUCGGGCGAUAUUUCGGUCAAGUUCGUUCCGGCAACGGAGCAACAAGCGAACCUCCCAACCAAGGCCCUUAGCAGGGCUAGUCUGCAGUACCACCGGCGCAAGUUGAUGAAUUUGCCGGAGUAG